AUGGCUGCCCUGCAACAAGUUUCCUGGAGGCGAACUCGAAGAGCAGCAGCUGGUGCUGUGUGGAAGCAAAAGCACUUGGCCAUGGAGCUCUCCGGGCUGCCAAACCAUCCGUCAAAGAAUGCGAAACUGGAGCAGUAUGCCACUGAUGGAGAUAUCGCUGCUCGCUGGCUGCUGGGGAUAAACGUCCAGGAUACGUUUGCUGAGAUGGAAAAGGGUGUUGUGGACCUUGGUGCUGGAAACGGCAUCCUGGGAAUCGGGGCAUUGCUUCUGGGUGCGCCACGUGUCACUUUCGUCGAGGUCGAUGCUGCAGCUGUUGAUGCGCUUGAAGAUGCACUUCAGGCGCAAGACCUGUCAGCACGAGCUCGCGUCUUGCGCUGCGAUGUGGCGGAGGUGGCAGAUGAUCCAGAUUGUGCUUGCGACCUUGUUCUAAUGAAUCCGCCAUGGGGACAGCAGAGAAGGUCUGCAGACAGACCGUUCCUGCAGGUAUCGAUAGCAUUGGCGAGGACAUCAGUGCACCUCAUGCACAGUGCUGGUGCAGUCCAUGUGGAGCCCUGGGCACAAGACCAUGGAUGGCAAGCGGACAAAUGGCCCGGAUGCAUAGCAAAGACUUGCAAAGAUGUGCAGAAUCUUGCAGGAAUGUCACCCAACGACAGCGAUUUUCCGAAAGCAAGAGGGAAGAUUUUUGCUGACUAUGCCGGCAGUAAGAGUUCUUUCGCCUCAAUCCGCUUUCACUUGCGACAAUUCACAGAACCUGCCCGUGCUCUGUUCUUGUGUUUUCUCGGCUUAUAUUUCUCGCCGCGCACCGAUCUGCGUGAGCACCAUGUAGGCCAGACUCCGAUGUGA